CGUAGAGCGCACAAGACCGCGAGCGAGAUUAUGACCAUGUCAAAGAAGAGAAGCGACGAGUAUCUCCGUCAGCGCGAGAGCGGCUUCAACUUGUCGGGCGUGCAUCAGGAUCGUCUGCCCGCAGUACAACGCGCUGUUGGACCGCAACUUGCGUCACCACUUCGAAAGUCGCCCGCUGCAGAGCCAUCUGAACGAGCUUGGACUCAUCGAUCAACGUGGUCGAAAUCGUGGAUCUCGACAAGCAGAAGUCCAAGCUAUUUAUAAUCGACCAGGAGUUCAAGCUGGCGGAGGAGGCCGAGAGAAAGAAACAGCGAGAAGAGGAAGAGCUGCGUCGUCGCGUACAAAUGAAGCGCCAUGACGCACUUCACAAUGCUCGUCAGCGAGAGAAACUGCAGCAACUCAAGGAAGAGAAGAAGAUCGCACGGGAAAUCAUACAAGCAUCCAAAGGCUACAGCUCCGCCAGCAAUCUACCCAAAAGCAGAUGAAAUAGGACACUUAAACAAGGAAUGUUACCUUACAUGCCAGGUGA